AUUAAAUGUAUUCCUAACCGUAAGAAAGAAACUGGUAGAACCAAAUCAACUCAGGAAAUCAAGGCCAUCACAUGCGGAUUACAAAUCUAAAUAGUAAUAGAACGUGAAGCAAUUGGAUACAUAUGCAAGUCAUUAGUCAUAGCACAUUUUCCCCCACAAAACCAACUCGAAAGAAGAAAAAUAUUGUUUGCUUUUCGUUUCGUGUCCACAAGCAUAAGCCCAAUCUUGCUGGCCAGGCUACCCUCUAAACAACAAUACAAAUCAUCACCCCCAUUCUCCGCUGCAGGUGCUCUGCUUCUUUCCUUGCUCUGUCUCUUUCUUUCCUUUCUUCCUUGUUCUUCCUCUGCUAUAAUCGUCAGGCAUACACCUCGCAGGGGGAGGGGGAGAGAGAGAGAGAGAGAGAGAGAGGAAUCCACAGUUUCUACACGCCACGCAAGAGAUAACAAACCUUAAAAAUACGUUAGGAGACGCCACAGAAAUUAAACAACGCUUAUGCAUAACGACGUCGUAGAGGUAGUGGCGAGAAACGGAGACACGGAGAUCCAAAAGUUGUUUCUCACUAAAUGCACGCAUACAACAGGAUACCGAGUAGCGGCCACACGACUCCGUCACCGCCACAAUCGCCGCUUCGUUCCCCGAGGUAUCGCCACGGGGGUAGCCGGUCCAAGCGCUUCACCCCGACGUCCCACCCACCUGGUCGGACCCUCGCACACCGCCUUGCUUGGCUUCUCCUUUCCGUAUUACUCCGCCGCCAGGGGAUUUUCCUCUUUGCCCCGCUUAUUUACAUCUCUGGAAUGCUUUUGUAUAUGGGAACGGUGUCGUUUGAUGUCGUCCCGAUUAUUAAGCACAAGCCUGCUCCUGGGUCCGUUUAUCGGAGUCCUCAGCUUUACGAGAAGCUCCGUCCUGAAAUGGAUGCGGAUAAUUCCUCUGCUGAUGCGCUAUCAACCAUAUGGAAAAACUCAUAUAAAGGGGGUGAAUGGAGAUCAUGUAUGAACAAGUCUUCAGGAGGAUUGCCUGAAUCAAAUGGUUACUUAUAUGUUGAGGCGAAUGGUGGCCUGAAUCAACAGAGGACAUCGAUAUGCAAUGCAGUUGCUGUGGCAGGCUAUCUAAAUGCAACACUUCUCAUCCCAAAUUUUCAUUAUCAUAGUAUCUGGAGAGAUCCCAGCAAAUUUAGUGACAUCUAUGAUAAAGAUUAUUUCAUCAGUACCUUGGAAAAUGAUGUACGGGUGGUAGAUAAGAUUCCUGAGUAUCUUAUGGAGCGUUUUGAUCAUAAUUUAACCAAUGUCUACAACUUCAGAGUGAAAGCGUGGUCAUCUGUUCAGUACUACAAGGAUGUUGUACUUCCAAGGCUAUUGGAGGAAAAGGUUAUAAGGAUUUCUCCUUUUGCAAAUCGAUUAUCAUUUGAUGCUCCUCCAGCUGUUCAACGUCUUAGAUGCCUGGCAAAUUAUGAAGCGUUGAGGUUUUCAAAUCCUAUAUUAAAUCUGGGAGAAGCUUUAGUGACAAGAAUGAAAGAACGCAGUGCAAACCAUGCUGGAAAGUAUGUUUCAGUGCAUCUUCGUUUUGAGGAGGACAUGGUUGCUUUCUCUUGCUGUGUAUUUGAUGGUGGAAAGCAAGAAGAAAAAGACAUGAUAGCAGCAAGAGAAAGAGGUUGGAAAGGGAAAUUUACAAAGCCUGGCCGUACCAUUCGUCCUGGAGCAAUCAGGCUCAAUGGGAAGUGCCCUCUUACUCCUUUAGAGGUAGGCCUGAUGCUCAGGGGAAUGGGUUUUGAUAAAAACACACAUAUAUAUUUAGCAUCCGGAAAGAUAUACAAUGCCGAAAAAUAUAUGGCCCCACUCAUGGAAAUGUUUCCAAAUUUGCUAACUAAAGAAAUGCUGGCAUCUGAGGAUGAGCUUGCUCCAUUUAAGAACUAUUCUUCCAGGAUGGCUGCAAUAGACUACACUGUUUGUCUUCACAGUGAGGUAUUUGUGACAACUCAAGGGGGUAACUUCCCUCAUUUUCUGAUGGGCCAUAGGAGAGUUUUGUAUGGUGGGCAUUCCAAGACAAUCCGGCCAGACAAGCGAAAGUUGGCUUUGCUCUUUGAUAAUCCAAAUAUUGGAUGGAAGAGUUUCAAGCGACAUAUGCUGAAUAUGCGGUCUCACAGUGAUUCCAAAGGAUUUGAACUCAAAAGGCCAAAUGAUUCCAUAUAUUCCUUUCCAUGCCCAGAUUGCAUGUGCCGUUUGAACAAGACAGAUUCUAGGUCAUUACUCAAAUGCUAUCUUGCUUCUGCCUGCCUUACCGUCACUUCAUCAAGAUUCAAGAGCUACCUCUCUGUUCGCUUGUUUUAGAUGUGAAAUUGGAUUUGCAAAGCCGUGUAUCAAUCCAUACAUGUUCAAAACUUGACUAAAA